AUGAGUCCAACCCUGCCGGAUCUUGCUCAAAUAUUUGGAUUCAGGCCCCAUGGGAGGCCUGCUGAUGCUGUUGGUGACUACCACAGAGGAAAGAAUCAAGAGAGACUGGCCAAACCCUUUACCAUUCCUGCUGCCACGAUCAACCAGAAUUUUUUCGUUUUCCCCAACCGCUCCUCGGCAAUUCUGUUGGAAUACAAGCACCUCGCAGAGGCUUUGCACAAUCACGUUGACGUGGGACUUGGCCCCACUAUUCUGGCUCACCUAUAUAAGAACCUUCAUAGCGCCGCUCUGGAGAGUCCACUGAACAUCUCUGCUCCUGGCACAUUCUGGAUGAUCCAGAUUUGGCUGCAGGUCUAUUUUCUGGAACUGAGGAUCAGGUCAUGGCUGUCCCCCUUGAUGUCAGCAAAGGUGCCUAAGCGCUUUAUUGAAGAAUAUCUUACGUUCUUCAGGCACUACACCAAGAGGUCUGCUGUGAAGUAG